AUUCAUUUGCUAAAAAAAAAGGUUAAUUAAGAGAAGAGAUGGAGGGAUCAGUUUCUGGACUCUGGAAAUACCUGGUUGGGCUACUCAUCUACAACUAUGUCUCCAUGGAAGAGAAGCUUUCAUUGAUCUUUGUUGAUCUCAACGAACAUGCUCACUGGUUCUAUGAGAUGCUACUGAAAUUCAGCACCGGGGAAAUGAGUUACGCGCUGAUGGAUAAACUCUCCAUGGAAGCCAUUUACGCAAAAAUCCAGCUCUUCGACUUAACCGACGACGACGAUGAUGAUCUUUUCGCCGACACAGAUGAAAUUGUGGACCUUAUCAACAGCAUGUCCGACCUCGAAAUAGUUGACCUUUGGGGAAAAUUGAUCAAUAUGAGAUGGGAGCCGGAGUUGCGGGAAUACGAUGAAACAUCUGAUGAGGAAUAUUCCUCAUACGACGACGAAUUCCCGGAAUAUCGGUUGGACUUGGGUUUCCUGUCUGAAGAUCAAUAUUUCACCGAGGAGUCUGAUUCCUGGUUUGAUUCGGACUGUUCAGAUGAGUUUUCGGAGGAUGAGUUCGGGUUUUAAUCAAUGUUUUCAGCAGAUUUCAAUGAGAAGGAAGGCG